AUGGAACUGCAUGAAAAACGUUUAAAAAUGCAAGCAGAACUUGCCAAAAUUGCAAAACCUCAACCGGAAAUACAGGAAUGUGAGAACAUAACUCAAAAAGUGGCCAAACUACCAAAGUUGGUUAUCUCGAAGUUUGAAGGUUCAUUUAUGGAUUGGCCCAGGUUCUGGGGCCAAUUCACCGAAGCUAUCGACAAAAGCUCUAUCGCUCCGAUAAGUAAAUUCACUUAUUUAUGCGAACUUCUCGCUCCGAACGUUAAACGUUGUGUAGAAGCCCUCCCAUUCACACCCGAAGGUUAUAACCGCGCAAAGGCUGUUUUGCAGGACAAAUACGGCAAGGAGCCCGAGAUUGUUAAGUGUUAUGUCAAGGAAAUUCUAGAUUUACCACAAAUUCCUAGUUCCAAUUCGCGUAAGAUCUCAGAUUUUAGUGACACGUUAUCACAUUGCGUGCAAGCACUCAAGACUAUGGGCAAACUUGACCAAAUAAACGGCAAUGUCUCUAUGACCCUGGAAAAGUUAUCAGGAAUUCCGGGGGAUUUGGUCCGAACUGAUCCAGAAUGGGAAACGUGGGACUUUAUUAGGUUAACUGAGGCCAUACGACAGUGGGUAAAUCGAAAGAAGUUCUUUCAUGCUCGAAGCGACGAAUACAAGCCUAAGGGUUGUGUAUACUGUGGGGACCCAGGGCAUAAAGCUAACCAGUGUACUAACGUGACAACAGUAGCUGAGCAAAAAGCGAUUCUGUCCAAGAAAAGGCUGUGCUUCAAUUGCGCGACAAAAACGCACCGCGCCUCAGAAUGCUCUAGCAAAGUGUCCUGCGGCAACUGCAGCAAACGUCACCACACGUCAAUUUGCGACCAGAGGAGCGACAAAGAGCAGGACGAGAGAAAGUUGAUGACAGAUGGAGGAAGUGGUGAUGGCAUUUUUCCGGUUGUUGUCAUGAAAGUCAAUGGCAUUACUUGUCGAGCAUUGAUCGAUUCUGGCGCCGGUGGCUCGUACGCCUCUGCGAAGUUAAUCGAAGCCCUAAAGUUGAAGCCAAACGAAACGAGAUUGCAACAAGUCGACAUGUUAAUGAGUACAAAGACCUCACGAAUGGAGAUGUAUGAUACCUUGGUGUCCUCGAUCGACGGAAGUUACGUCAUGAACGUGAGAUUGACGAAGGUCGGUAAAGACGAACUAUUAUCGAUCAAUAAUCCAGGAUACGACAAGCUAAUUAAGCGUUAUCAACACUUGAACACAGUACAGAUAAACAACAGCGACACGAAGAAGGAAUUUCCGAUUCACAUCAUACUUGGAAGCGGGGAGUACUCUCGAAUUAAGACCAGCACCAGGCCCCUCGUAGGAAACGAUUGUGAACCAGUGGCGGAGAAAACAAAGCUCGGGUGGUUUAUCAUGAGCCCUGGGGUCGAGUUCGACAAGAGUACGAUGCUGCUGACCCAGACAUUGCAGGCCGAUUUCGAGGAUCUUUGUAGGUUAGACGUGUUGGGCCUUGCAGAUACAAUGGAGAAUGACCAGGACCUUGUGUUUGGCGACUUCAAAGAACAACUUGUCAGAAAUCGGGGGGGUUGGUACGAGACGAACCUACCUUGGAAGCCCAACCAUCCACCUCUACCAACUAACGAGACUGGAAGCCUGCAGAGACUAAACAACUUGAUAAAGCGACUAAAACGCGACGGAGAUUAUCAACGUUACGAUGACAUUAUCACGGAACAACUUGAGCAAGGAGUCAUUGAACCAGCGCCAGCGAAUCCUACAGGCAACGAGUUCUACAUACCACACAAGGGCGUAACGAAGAACACAGCCGAAACAACCAAACUUAGGAUUGUAUACGACGCCUCUGCAAAGGAAUCGAACGACAAGCCUUCGCUGAAUGACUGCUUACACCCUGGCCCUCAACUUCAGAACCUACUCUGGAGCGUUCUUGUCCGGUCGCGAUUCUACCCGGUACUACUCACCAGUGACAUCCAAAAGGCGUUCUUGCAAGUGAGGAUUACAGAACAUGAACGAGACGCAUUGAGAUUCCAUUGGAAGGCUCCUGAAAACAAUGAAGUUCACAUCUACAGGUUCACAAGAGCGUUAUUUGGGUUGACCUGUUCCCCUUUCCUGCUUGGUGGUGUGAUUCACGAACACUUAAAGACGUGGGAGGGGAGAUACCCAGAUGUGGUCAAAGAAAUCCGUGAUGGGCUGUAUGUAGACGACCUCAUGACGGGGGGUGCAACUGUUGAAGAAGUCAACGAUAAGAAGAUGAAGACAAGUGAAGUUUUCGAAGACGCCACCUUUAAACUCCACAAAUGGCACUCUAAUGUCGAAGAUCUCGAAGAAAGGACACCAGUGUUGACACAUGACGGGGAAGAGACGACCUUCACGAAGCGGCAUCUCGGAGUCGAGCAAAUGGAAACGAAAUUACUUGGCCUACCAUGGGACAAGAAGCGAGAUACACUCAGCGUGGUGGUAAACAAGAAGGAGUUCGCGAAUACCAAAAGAAUAGCCCUCUCUCAACUGGCGAAGGUUUACGAUCCACUCGGCUUGGUAUCACCUGCUACGGUUGUUGGAAAGAUGUUGUAUCUCGAAAUCUGCGAAACCCAUCUUGCGUGGGACAACAAACUCCCAGAGGAAUUGAAGAAACGUUGGAUGAAAUGGUACUCGCAAAUGCCAGAACACUUCUCGGUUCCGCGAUCGUUAGCACCACGUUAUCAACCAGUGUUGUCAAUAUCAAUCCAUGCAUUCGGAGAUGCAAGCAAGAAUGGGGUGUCUGCCGCCGUGUAUGCCGUGGUUGAACAGCAGGAAACGACGACACAAGGGUUAGUGUGUUCCAAGUCUCGACUGGCGAAGCGUGAUCUUACGAUUCCACAUUUGGAGUUGGUAGCAGGGCAUAUGGCAGUCAAUCUUGGGUCUAAUGUCGAAAGAGCAAUUGGCGUUGAGAAGGUAUCCGGGGUACAUUGCUGGUUAGACUCCACCGUUGCAUUGUACUGGAUCAAUGGCCAAGGCGAGUACCGUCAAUUUGUCGCCAACAGAGUGAAGAAGAUCCAAGAGCACGAGCGCGUUAAAUGGUACCAUGUUCCCACUCACGAGAAUCCAGCAGAUCUUGGGAGUCGUGGGGGAACGAUCGACGAAAACGAGCUUUGGCAGCGUGGACCAGCAUGGCUUAGUGAUCCAAGCAGAUGGCCCCCGCAAGUGACACUCACAGCCGACGAAAGGGUGAAAGAGGAAGCGAAACAAGAGCGGAGUCCCCAAGUCCUGACGACAUCUAAUAAAUCUCCAGAUAGUUUCGACGAGCUAAUCAGCAAAUUCUCCUUACGGAAAACCUUUCGCAAAGUACCUGCCUCCCCGGUAUGUAUCUGCGAAAAUUCACUUCAAACACAAUAUAAAAUCACUAAAAUCUCAGAGUAUAAAAAAUAUAUUGAAAAGCCUCUCGCUCUUUUUCUCUACAUAAUUAGUAUUCCAUGUGCUCGAGUGUAG